AUGCUUACAGCACCUGCUCCUGAGGGGCCUGGCAAUGAGGAAAAGGAACACCAUGAUUCCACCAGCACGCUGUCCGGACACGAGCAAGAAGAGCUCAGGAAAAUAGCGUCUCGACAAUCAGCAGCAUCAACCGCAGCAGGUAGAAGCUUGAAGCAGGACUUUGCAUCGCUUAUAGACCCCACGAGUCCUCACUUCGACUUAUCCCAAUGGAUGCUUCAUCAAGUGCAACAAUUCGAAGGGGACAGCAGCGCACGGAAAACGGGAGUUGUAUUCAAAGAUGUUACUGUGCAGGGAAGCGGAUCCGAGAUUCAAACUCAACACACAGUUCUAUCCUCAGUCUAUGCUCCUAUCCUGGGGGGUACGUUCAGUCGUGGCCCUAAAACCUCCAAGACAAUAUUACACGAUGUUCAUGGACAUGUCGAGCAGGGCGAGAUGCUUCUCGUGCUCGGCCGGCCAGGAGCUGGUUGCUCUACCAUGCUGAAAACCAUUUCAGCGGAGACGAACGGACUCGACCUGUCGUCAAAUUCAGUCAUUUCUUACAAUGGAAUACCACAACCCUUGAUGAAGAAGAAUUUCAAGGGCGAGCUUCUCUACAACCAGGAAGUUGAGAAACAUUUCCCCCAUCUAACGGUCGGCGAAACACUCAACUUCGCAGCAGCAGCACGUACCCCUCGACUUCUCCCGAAUGAAAUGUCGAGAAAGGAAUACAUCAGGCAUAUGAGGGACGUUGUGAUGGCAGUCUUCGGUCUGUCACAUACCGUCAACACAAAAGUUGGUUCUGAUUUUGUCCGGGGCGUCAGUGGAGGUGAGAGAAAGCGAGUAUCUAUCGCAGAAAUGGCCUUGGCUGGCUCGCCACUCUGUUGUUGGGAUAAUGCUACACGCGGCCUUGAUUCUGCGUCGUCUUUGGACUUCGUCAAGGCGCUAAAGACGAGCUCGAGGAUCUUUGGUACUACUCAUGUUGCGACACUCUAUCAACCCUCGCAAGCCGUAUACAAUUGCUUUGACAAGGUUAUGGUCCUCUACCAAGGGCAUGAGAUAUACUUUGGCCCUACCACAGACGCGAAGCAGUAUUUCGAAGAUAUGGGCUGGUAUUGUCCUGCUAGACAAACGACCGCAGACUUUCUGACGAGUAUAACCAACCCAAGUGAGCGGCAAGCACGGGAAGGGUAUGAAGCGAAGGUCCCGCGGACUCCCGAGGAGUUCGAAGUGCAUUGGAGGAGCAGCGCGAGCUACAAGCGACUGGGUCAUGACAUCUCAAGCCACGAGGCGAGAUUUGGUGCUGACUGUGGCGCUACCGAAGCAUUCAAGCAAAGUCAUGCCAAACGUCAGGCUCGGUACGCACGGUCAAGCUCCCCGUAUUUGAUCGAUAUCCCGACACAGAUUGGGAUAUGUGCUUCCCGGUUUUACCAACGUGUCUGGAAUGACAUUCCUUCCACAUUAACUUUGAUGAUUGGUCAGGUCGUUUUUUCCAUCAUCAUUGGGUCUCUAUUCUAUGGAGGCGCGUUCGGAACCGAGGAUUUCACUCUGAAGAUGUCAGCAUUGUUCUUUGCCAUUCUGCUUAACUCGCUUUUGACUGUCACUGAGAUUCAAAAUCUCUAUGCACAGCGGCCGAUCGUCGAAAAACAGGCUUCGUAUGCAUUUUAUCACCCUUUCACGGAGGCUUUAGCGGGAGUUUGUGCCGAUAUCCCUAUAAAGGUCGGAUGCAGCCUUAUAUUCAACAUCGUGUUCUACUUCAUGUGCGGGUUUCGAUACGAGGCUGGUCCAUUCUUUGUUUUCUACCUGUUUGUCACCAUGGCUCUGCUUUGUAUGAGUCAAAUCUUUCGCUCCCUGGCUGCGGCGACUAAGGCGAUCCCUCAGGCACUCGCUGCUGCCGGAGUCAUCCUACUCGCCACUGUUAUCUAUACCGGCUACCUGCUUCCCCUACCCAGCAUGCACCCUUGGUUCAAGUGGAUCUCUUACAUCAAUCCACUAAGAUAUGCAUUUGAAGCGCUGGCUGUGAACGAAUUCCAUGGACGUGAUUUCCCCUGUUCGGACCUGGUACCACUCUACCCCGGGUUGACUAACGGAUCAGGUACCUACUUUAUAUGUGCUGCAAAGGGUGUGGUAGCUGGAGAGCUAUAUGUAAACGGAGAUAACUUUCUCUCCGUGAGCUACGGGUACGAAUACAGCCACCUUUGGAGGAAUUUCGGUAUCCUCUGCGCUUUCAUCAUUGCUUUUCUCGCCUUGUAUCUGUUACUCACUGAGAUCAACUCACAAAUUUCAUCCACGGCGGAGAGUCUUGUCUUCCGACAUGGUCGCAUUCCCGUUGCCUUGGAGAAAUCUGCAAAAGACCCGAAGGCCGCCAAUAUCAGCGCAAGUCAAGGACAAGAGGCGGCAGGCGAAGAGGUAAUGCCACCGCAUCAGGACACAUUUAUGUGGCGUGAAGUCUGCUAUGAUAUCAAGAUCAAAAAGGAGGAGCGCCGCUUGUUGGAUAAAGUCAGUGGAUGGGUGGAGCCUGGCACCCUGACUGCAUUGAUGGGUGUCUCGGGGGCUGGAAAAACAACACUACUGAACGUCCUCGCCCAACGUACUUCAACAGGAGUCAUCACAGGCGAUAUGCUAGUAAACGGCUCUCCUCUCUCUGCUAGCUUCCAGCGCAGCACUGGCUAUGUUCAGCAACAGGACUUACAUCUUCAUACUGCGACCGUUCGUGAGUCUUUAAGGUUUUCGGCACUGCUGCGUCAGCCUAAAUCAGUCCCCGUCCAGGAAAAAUACGACUUUGUCGAAAAAGUCAUCACCAUGCUCGGAAUGGAAGAAUUCGCAGAAGCAGUGGUAGGCUUUCCGGGUGAAGGGUUGAAUGUCGAGCAACGGAAGCUUCUGACCAUUGGCGUUGAGCUUGCCGCAAAGCCCGCUUUACUCAUCUUCCUCGAUGAGCCAACCUCCGGCUUGGAUAGCCAGUCGUCAUGGACUAUUAUCGCGCUUUUGCGUCGGCUCGCAUCUAGUGGACAGGCUAUUCUUUGUACGAUUCAUCAGCCAUCAGCCAUGCUGUUCCAGCAAUUUGAUCGGUUAUUGUUCCUGGCUAAAGGCGGUCGUACCGUUUACUUUGGUGAUAUCGGACCAAAUUCACGCACAAUGCUGGAUUACUUCGAGACAAAAGGUGCGAGGAGAUGCAACGACUCUGAAAAUCCAGCCGAGUACAUUCUCGAGAUUGCAGGUGCAGGGGUGAAUGGCAAAGCCGAACAGGAUUGGCCGACUGUGUGGAAGGAAAGUUCUGAAUAUACCCAAAUGAUGAGUGCUCUGGAGAAAAAGUGCUCGGCCGUGGGAUACUCGAAUAAUGCCGACAAUCAAGGUGAAUCAGAAGGAACUGAAGACGCCUUUGCGAUGCCUUUCAGGGAUCAAUUCGCUGCUGUCCUCCGCCGGAUUUUCCAGCAGUACUGGCGGUCUCCCGAAUACAUCUAUGGCAAGCUGGCCUUGGGCAUCCUGUCAGCCCUCUUCGUAGGCUUCUCGUUUUACAUCCCCGGUACCUCCCAACAAGGCUUACAGUCGUCCAUUUUCUCUGUUUUUAUGAUCACAGCAAUCUUCACCGCACUGGUUCAGCAGAUUAUGCCUCAGUUUAUUUUCCAGCGAGACCUUUAUGAGGUCCGAGAACAACCGUCGAAGACCUACCACUGGGCAGCCUUCCUAGGCGCCAAUCUAAUAGCUGAGAUCCCUUACCAAAUUUUCGUCGCUAUCCUGGUCUAUGCAAGCUUUGUGUACCCCGUCUACGGCGUCGCAGACUCCCAGCGCCAGGGGAUCAUGCUCCUCUUGAUCAUCCAGUUCUUCAUCUACGGAUCGACCUUUGCGCACGCGGUGGUUGCCGUUCUGCCUGAUGCCGAGACAGCUGGACUCAUUGCCACCAUGCUGUUUAACAUGACACUUGUCUUCAACGGAAUCCUCGUUCCUCGCGUCGCGCUUCCUGGUUUCUGGGAUUUCAUGUAUCGCAUCUCGCCAAUGACCUACCUCGUGAAUGCCAUCAUUGCCUCGGGUGUGAGCGGUCGUGCGGUCAACUGCUCCGAGAAGGAACUGAGUGUCUUCAGCGUUGCCCCUGGGUUUGAUACUUGCGGGCAAUACUUGGAAGCCUACCUCGAAGCGGCCGGUACUGCCGCAGGUAAGCUUCUCAACCCGGAGAGCACAGACCAAUGCAAGUAUUGUACGCUUCAAACCGCUGAUCAGUUCCUGGCGAGUCGGGAUAUAUACUAUGACCAGCGGUGGCGGAACUUUGGGCUCCUUUGGGCAUACAUUGCUUUCAAUGCUGCAUUUGCUUUUGCUAUCUACUAUCUUUGUCGGGUGAGGUCGUGGAAGAGCAAAGCCUGA